AUGAAUUCUGAAGAAAGGCUAGAAGAAGCAAAGAAAAUUUUGAUGAUCGUUCUGAAUAUAAAAAUUGGCGACAAAAUCAGUGUAAAAGUGAGAGAUAUGCGAUAUAUUUUCGAAGCUUGGAAGAAUCUCUAUGAUAAAGUUAUUGAAAAUUACUCCGAAAUAUUCCAGAUGAAUUAUCGCUUACUUUUCAUAUAUUCGCAGAUAAUUCGAGCUCAAAUCGAAUGUUUUGAUUAUGAUACUCUCAAAAACGUGUUUAUUGGAGAUUUUGAUACAACCGGAAAAGGGAGCGUUCUGGAUAUGUUUUGCAGAUUGUUGAUUGAGAUUACGAAACAUCUCAACAGUGAAGUCGACGAAUUAGAUUGCAACUUAAGAGAAAUUCAAGCAGAUUAUUUGCCUAAAUGCUCGCUUAAUAUCUUGGAAGCAUCAACAAGUCUAAUUUCUCUUAUGACUGAAGCAUCACACGUUAUAUUUGUCAUCUCUUCCUUGGCAACAUUCAUAGGAAGUUGGUUAGUUGUCGCUGUGGAAAAAAAGUCGCGUAUAAAUUCUAAAAUUUUUUCAAAUAUUGCCUCAUUAGUAAAAGUAGCUUUGAAUUCCAUACAAAAACAUUAUUCUGGUCCAUACGGCAGUGUACUGCUUCAUCAGUUGGAACCAAUAUUGAUUAAUGGGCUUCGCUUCUCACGUAUACGUCAGCACUUAAUCAAAUUUUGGCAAGGAACAUUUGGCCUUUCAAAAAAUUUGAGCGUUUCAGAUGAUUUGAACAUUUCAUUGGGAAAAAACAAAUAUCUCUCAUCAACCUUCUCUUCAAAAGAAGAAUGUUUGUCUUUGGAAGAUAGUUCAAGAGGGGCUAAAUCCUCUAACUCAAACCUUGAUGUUCCUGUGGAUGAAAAUGCUUGUAACAGCAACGAAAAGAAAAUUCAAAAGCUAUUACUUGAUGGUCCACUUCCUUCUCUGUCGGAGCCAAAAAUAUCAAAGUCUUUAACGAGGGAAAGUACUGAAAAUUACACUGUUAUCAGUUCCAUACCUGUAAAGAAAAUACGACUAACAGAUCAUCAAAAAGAAAAAUUGAUGGAACAAAGUGAUAGCUUGCUAUGUUUUGCUGAAGAAAGCGAAUCGAGAGACUUCAAAAAACGCAUUCCUCCAGGAUAUACUGAUAGUUCUUCUCUUGAUGGAUUGGUAACAACAAAUUCUUUGGAAAAAAGGUCAUGGACACAGUCUAAUUCUAAAAGUGAAAAAACUGAAAAGGAUGAAACUGAUAUUUCCAUACAACACAAAAGUCAGGAUGUUUCGAAUGUUGAAGUUAUAGAAUGUGGCAAACUAUCGAAUAAGAAUUCUGUAGAUGAUGUCGGUAUCAAGGAUACAAAUGAUGAUAGCUUUGGAAUAACCUUGCUUGAUAAAAAUUCAGAAGAUAAAAGUCCUCAGAGUUUACAAGCAGUGAAUUUUUCAAGUCUACACGGAUCGCCCAAAAGUGUAGAAUGCAGUCUGAGCGUUAUUAUUUCAAAAGAAAAUGUGAUUGCAUCACCGAGAACACCCACCAGCAUCUUAAAAAAUUUGGCGAAUAGAGCAACUACUCCAAGUUUCAAUUCUUCUUCUGCCAGCGCAAAAAAUGUAUUCAAACAGUUUAAAGUAUAUUAUUUUAGUCUAUAAAU